AUGACGAUUGAGGCUAACGACCUCUCAGACACUGUCGCUCACGUCAAUGCCAACGACCAGCGAGACAUGCAGCGUAUGGGCAAGAAACAGGAGUUCUCCCGCAGCUUCCGCUUCGUCACUUCCAUCGCGUUCACGUCCUGCGUAAUGGGCACCUGGGAGCUCAUCCUCACUACCUCGACCCCCGCACUCAUCGCAGGCGGUACAGCCGGCCUCUUCUGGUCCACCAUCUGGGGUUACAUCGGGCAGGCGUUCAUCGUCCUGUCACUCGCCGAGAUGUCGAGCAUGGCGCCCACGGCCGGCGGACAAUAUCAUUGGGUCUCCGAGUUUGCGCCUCGCAAGCAUCAGAAAAUCCUGAGCUACACUUCGGGGUGGCUGAGCACACUCUCCUGGCAGGCGCAGGUGACCGUCAACUGCUUCCUCUGUGCGCAGGUUGUACAGGCGAUGAUUGUCCUGAAUGGCCCCAAUUACGUCCCCGAACGGUGGCACACGACCCUUAUCAGUAUCUGCUUCGCGGUUUGUAUAGGCGCAUUCAAUAUAUACGCUGUUCGGUGGCUCGCCAUACUAGAGGGCAUGUUUGCGAUCCUGCAUUUCAUCGUCUUUAUCCCUCUUGUUGCCGCAAUGUGGGCACUGGCUCCCGCAAAGCAGUCUGCUCGGACGGCGCUGCUGGAUUUCCAGGACAAUGGGACCGGCUGGGGGCCUGCUGUUGCAACACUCGUCGGUCAGGUCACCGCGAUGUUUACGCUCGUGGGAUCCGACGCGGCGGCACACAUGGCCGAAGAGAUCCAAGACGCCAGCAAGGUCGUCCCGCGCUCGAUGUGGUGGAGCUUCCUCGCCAACGUCCCGCCGACGCUCAUCGUGCUCGUCACCUUCUGCUUCUGCCUGGGCGACACCGCAUCUGCGAUCGACAGCGCGACGGGCUUUCCGGUCAUCGACAUGUACAGCAGGAUGACGCCUACGCCCGCGGGCGCGCUUGGCCUCACUUUCAUCACCCUCGUGCUCCUCACCAUUAUCGGCGCGUCCGCGCAGGCGAGCACGUCGCGCCAGACGUUCGCGUUUGCGCGGGACAACGGCCUGCCGUUCUCGUCGUACAUCGGCGCCGUACAUCCGAAGUACAAAGUCCCCGCAAACGCGAUCAUCCUCAACGUCGUCUUCACGACCAUCCUAAGCCUCAUCAACAUCGGCUCGACCGCCGCGUUCAAUGCCUUCCUCAGCGUCGGCGUCGUCGCGCUCAUGGCAACGUACAGCAUCAGUAUCGCGUGUGUUUUGCUGAAGCGCCUGCGCGGUGAACCUCUCGUGCGCACCCGGUGGACCUUUUUUGAGGACGGCCCGGAGGGGCGCGGCGGCAGUUUCGGCGAGUACGGCGUGCUCGUGAACGGCGUCGCGCUUGCUUACUCGCUCUGGUCGUUCUUCUGGUCGUUCUGGCCGGCCAUGAAGCAUGUCACUCCCGCGGGCAUGAACUGGGCCAUCGUCAUCUUUGGCGCCAUUAUGAUCCUCGCGGCGGUGACCUAUGUCUCACAUGCACACCGCGUGUAUGACGGACCGGUGGCCAAGAUUAUGGCGUCGGAACAGGCGGAUGUGGAUGCGGUGUCAGAGGAAAAGGAGGACGAGAUGCUUAAAAGUUAA